GAUAACAACCAAAAGAGAAAAGGAAAAAAAUGAGAGUGAAAGAGAGUCAGAGAGAGAUGUUCUAGUUAUGGUUAUUUAACUAGGGAAAGCAAACAAAAUAUCAAGUACAAAGGCAACAAGGCGUGGUGAGAGAGAGAGAGAGAGAGAGAGAGAGAGAGUUAUGGAGGGUGGUCCUAGUAGUAAUUCUUGUCUGAUGGGUUUUGGAGAUAACAGUAAUGGACUUUCUUCCAUGAUGAUGAUGCCUCUCCUAACUUCUACUCCUAAUGCAGAAACAAAUAGUCUUUUUCUUCCUCUACCUUCCGGCAACAACCACAACCAUAUCGGCAGUACUGGUUCGUCUCUGAUACUCGAGGAUAAUAGCAACAACAACAACAACAGCAAUUCUGGGUGUUAUUUCAUGGAGAACAACAACAGGAACAACAACAACGAUGGAAGCAGCUGCUCUAUCAGGGCUAAGAUAAUGGCGCAUCCUCACUAUCCUCGUCUCCUGUCGGCCUACGUCAAUUGUCAAAAGGUCGGAGCACCUCCUGAAGUGGUCGCGAAGUUGGAGGAGGCAUGCGCUUCCGAGGAGGCCAUGGGCCGUAACGGAAGGGGUUGCAUCGGCGAAGAUCCAGCUCUCGAUCAGUUCAUGGAGGCCUACUGCGAGAUGCUCACCAAGUACGAGCAGGAGCUCACCAAACCCUUUAAAGAAGCUAUGAUGUUCCUCUCGAGGAUCGAGUGCCAGUUCAAAGCCCUCACCGUUUCUUCUGUAGAUUCCGCUUGUGGUGAGGGUACAGAUCGAAAUGGAUCUUCUGAGGAAGAGGUUGAUGCAAAUGACAACUACAUAGAUCCUCAGGCAGAAGAAAAAGAGCUAAAAGGUCAACUUCUGCGCAAGUACAGUGGAUAUCUGGGCAGCCUCAAGCAGGAAUUUUUGAAGAAGAGAAAGAAGGGGAAGUUGCCCAAGGAAGCCAGGCAGCAAUUGCUGGAUUGGUGGAGCCGACACUACAAAUGGCCUUACCCAUCGGAGUCACAGAAGCUGGCACUGGCGGAGUCUACAGGUCUGGAUCAGAAGCAGAUAAACAACUGGUUUAUCAAUCAGAGGAAGCGCCACUGGAAACCAUCGGAAGAGAUGCAGUUUGUGGUGAUGGAUGCAGCACAUCCGCAUUACUACAUGGAGAACGUUCUGGGCAAUCCCUUUCCCAUGGAUUGCACACCCGCUCUCCUUUGACAAGGAGGAUGACACUCCCCACAUCGAUAAUCGAUUGGUGGAUGCGCUGCAUUCCUGAUUUCUGAUUUCUGAAACCCCAUCGUAGACGUAGAUGAUAUUAAUAAUUAAAUAUUUAAGUGUUGUACUAUGUUGUAUGCAUGAAGAAGUAGAAAUGGCCAUGGCUGCUCGCUGCUGCUACCUGGUAGUGAGUUUAUGGUGUGGACUAGCUAUUGGAGGUGAUGUGUAUCAUGGAUCUUUGGUUAUCUAUAUUUAUUAGUUAAAAGUACGUACUUUCUGUUGGCGAUCCGUCCAUCAAUUCAGGGAGGAGGCCUUGUCUUUCAUGGAAUUGAAUGAAAUUGUGUUUGGUAAUCAAUCCCGUGAUCUAGAAAAUAGUAUAGAAUAAAGGAUAAUUUUUUUUU